UAAUGUGUUUUGCGUUUUAUAUCGAGCCCCUUUGUAGAAGGGGCGUUAUUUAAUUUUGAUCGUUUAGUUUUAUUCAAGAAUUAUAAACUAAUCACACAUGAACAUGUAAAAUGAGUUACCACAUUUAUUAUUUCUUUUGGUGAAACUAAAUAAAUAACGAACUGAAAUGAAGUUCAAUAAAAAAAGCCUCGAAGUAUUUUUGAUAAUUAUUAUAGCAUGUCUUUGCUAUGGUUUUACCUUACAAGGAAAUUUUGUUUUUGACGACUUUGAAGCUGUAGUAAACAAUGAUGAUGUUAAAUGGAAUGAUAGUAUUAUUAAUAUAUUCAAACAUGAUUUUUGGGGAGCCAAUAUAUCAAAUCCUUUAAGCCAUAAAUCAUAUAGACCUUUAACAGUUUUUACAUUCAGGUUGAAUAAUUAUUUUAGCGGAAAUUUGAAUAGCACACAUAUGAAAAUAACAAACUUCAUCUUAUACCUUGUAGUAUGCCUUCUUGUUUACUAUGUAUAUAAACUUAUAGCUGAUGUUAACAGUAUUCCAUUUAUAAGUGCAAUUUUAUUUGCAUCUCAUCCAAUACAUACUGAGGCUGUGAGUAGCAUAGUAGGUCGUGCUGAGUUGCUUUCAUCAUUUUUUUGCUGCAUUGCUUUCAUUUUAUUUAAUAGAAGCAUAGGUGUCUGCAAAAUUGGUGACAUGCUUAUGUAUUGCAUACUGAGUACCUUUUUCGUGAUAUUAAGUUUGUUGAGCAAAGAAAAUGGUGUGAUGAUAAUAGUGGUUUGUUUGACUUAUGACAUACUAAACCAGUGGCAAUCAAAGCAAAAUUCUAAUAAAAAUGAUGAAUUUAGAAAAAUCCGAUUUGCAUUACUAACAUCAUCUAUGAUUUUACUUAUAUUUUGGAGAAUGCAUAUCAUAAAUUUUGAAACUCCUAUUUUUCAGAAAAUGGAUAAUCACAUUGCAUUUUGUAAUGACAAGAUCUCAAAAUCACAAUUAUAUUUAUAUUCUUUAAAUAUAUGGCUGCUGCUAUGUCCAAUUUGGUUGUGCUGUGAUUGGUCUUUUGAAUGUGUGCCUUUACUUACAAGUUGUGAUAUAAGAAUUAUUACCAUUCCUGCUCCUUGGAUAAUUAUUGGACUUAUAAUUUAUUAUCAGAAAAGGUAUCAUUUUAAAGUAGCAUCAGUUUUUUAUAUGAUAGAAUAGUAUGUAAUCUCUCAUUAUUUUAGGUUUUUACUUAAUGGACUUAUAUUUAUGAUCAUUCCUUUCUUACCUGCAAGUGGUAUUAUUACUGUCGGUUUCGUUAUUGCUGAAAGAGUCUUAUUUAUUCCAUCAAUUGGGUUUUGUCUGAUGUUAGGAUUUAGCAUUCAGAAUAUUUCAAAGUAUUUUUUUAAGACUGCAAUCUUCUGCUAUGUGGCCUUAAUAUGUUUAUGGAUUGUGCGAACAAAUAUGAGAGCUGCAGAAUGGUCUAAUAGCACAGUAUUAUUUGACAGUGGAGCAAAAGUUUGCCCACAAAAUGCCAAAAUACAUUACAAUAGAGCUUUGACUGCAUCUACGAAUAAUGAUAACCAUAAAGCAGAAUUAUUAUAUUUGGAGGCAUUAAGGCAAUAUCCUGAGUAUGAGCAGGCUUUAAAUAAUUUAGCAAAUUUAUUGCGAGAUGCUAAACGAUUUGAAGAAGCAGAAUCAUAUCUAAGAAAAGCAGUUCAUAUCAGGCCGUCAUUUGGUGCUGCGUGGAUGAAUCUCGGAAUAGUUUUAUCACAGUUAGGUGAAUUUUUAGAAGCAGAACAUUGUUACAAGAAAUCGUUGCAUUAUCGACCAAAACAUGUAGAUACCUUUUACAACCUUGGAAAUUUGUAUUUGAGCAAUAAGCAAUACAGAGAAGCAAAGAGUUCAUGGCUACAAGCAACGAGAAUAGAUUCUUCACAUGCAAAGUCGUGGAUAAACUUAAUCACGCUUUUAGAUUCACAAGGAAAAAAUGAAGAAGUCAAAAAGUUAGCUUCUAGGGCAUUGAAUAAUUUACCAAACGAGCCCGGUUUACAUUUCCUGUUAGCUAAUGCUUAUGGAAAAUCAAAUCAGUAUGAAAUGGCUGAAUCUCAUUUUAAAUCGGCAAUCAGUAUUAAACAUGAUGCAUUGUAUUUUGCAAAUUUAGGGGUUCUAUAUCAUAGGUGGAAUAAGACAAAUUUAGCUGAAACAAUGUAUAAAGAGGCAUUGAAGAUUAAUCCAACAUUAAAAAGUGCAAAUGACAAUUAUAACAAAUUAUUGCAUAUCAAAAGUAGAAGGCAACAUUAAAGUGUGUAAUCAGAUAAGACAGAACAUGGUUGUCCAAUCGCAUACGUUGGUGCCUCUAAAAGAUUUCCUUCGGAAUAAUUGCAUGCCAUUAGCAGCGCAUGGACCAAACCGAAUUCUGGGUGAGGUUGCAGGAAGAAGGAUACCGCGCAGCCCAUGUGAGUAGCCUCAUC